UAUGUCAUUUUAUAAAAAUCUUGUUAUUUGUCUACUCAUAUCUGUACAUCAUGCAGCUACAGAGUGGGUGAAUCAUGGAGGAGAUAUAAAGAAUCGGAGAUUUGCCGCCAGCGAAUAUAGGAUCAACCCUUUAACGGUGCAGAGGCUCAAGCUAAGAUGGAAGUUUUUCACAGGAAGGGAUAUAUCAGCGACUCCUGCUGUUGCCGAUGGAGUAGUUUAUUUUCCAGCAUGGAAUGGGUUCUUGUAUGCGGUGAAUGCCUUCAAUGGUGCACUUAUCUGGCAACAGAAUCUUACUCAGCUGACGGGCUUGCCUGGAACCGGAGUGACGGUGAAUGUAACUGUUGCGAGAGCCACUCCCGUUGUCACGCGCGAUCUUUUGAUUGUGGGAAUCUAUGGGCCAGCUGUUAUGAUUGGUGUCCGUCGAGCAACUGGUCAGCUUGUUUGGUCAACUACAAUUGACCCGCGUCCUCUUGCAGUCAUCACCACAUCUGGAACUGUUUAUUCUAGGGGGCUUUAUGUGGGGGUGUCAUCUUUGGAAGAAACACUACCUGCUAACAAAUGUUGUACGUUUCGAGGAAGCCUAGUGAAGCUCGACACUGGGACGGGAGCGAUUCAGUGGCAGACAUAUACCGUUCCUGAUAAUCAAGGUCGGCUUGGUGGUUAUUCAGGUGGUGCCAUAUGGGGAAGCAGUCCUGCCAUUGAUGUUUCCAGGGGGUUUGUAUAUGUGGCUACUGGAAACCUAUACACUGCACCACCGGAGGUGACGGAAUGUCAAGAAAAGCAAAACAAUCAAACUACAAAACCUACUAAACCCGAUCAGUGUACCGGACCUGAUGUUCGAUUCAACUCGAUAAUCGCUUUUGAUAUAAAUACAGGAAAAGUUAUUUGGUCACAGCAACUAGGGGGUUAUGAUAUUUUUUAUCUAGCGUGCUUAAUUCCAAAUAAUCCGGACUGUCCGCCGGGACCUAACGUGGAUGCAGAUUUUGGAGAAGCACCAAUGUUGCUAACAAUUACGUCCAACAGAAGGUUGCAUGAUGUCGUUGUAGCUGUACAAAAGAGUGGGUUUGCUUGGGCUCUAGAUCGUGACAAUGGCGACAUUGUUUGGUUCAAACUUGCAGGACCGGGAAGCAACGAGGGAGGAGGGAUAUGGGGUGCAGCCACGGAUGGAAGGAGGGUAUACACCAACAUAGCCAAUGGUGCUCAUUUGCCAUUCACCCUUGCACCAUCUAACCAGACAACCACUGCGGGUGGAUGGGUGGCUUUAGAUGCAAACACGGGUCAGAUAUUGUGGACCACGGCUAACCCAAGCAAUGACUCUGCUCUAGGACCAGUGUCAUUAACCAGGGGUGUUGUCUUUGCUGGAUCAGUGGCUCCUAAUGGUCCAUUGUAUGCAAUGGAUGCGACGACUGGGAAGGUGUUGUGGUCGUAUGAUACUGGAGCCACCAUAUAUGGCGGAGUGUCAGCAAGUUAUGGGUGUAUAUAUGUUGGCCAUGGGUAUACUGUUGGGAUAGCCAAAUUUCAUCCUUGGACUCCUGGCAAUUAUCUAUUUGCCUUUUGCAUUACCUAAGGCCAAUCAAAGUAAUAAUCAAACUAUAAUUGUUUGCAGUACUUAAGCACCUCUUAAUUAGCAUAUCAAGGUGCUUCAGUUCUAGAUUGUAGUUUCACGUACUUUGCAUAUAUGCGUAUCAACUAUAUGAUUUGA